AUGGCCUACCACGGCUCUGGCUCGCACUCACCGAGCUAUGAUGAUAGUCAUCAUCUGCAGGAUGUGCCAGCUUCGCAGUAUCGCGAGGAUGAGGAUGCAGCCCGUGGAUUAUUGUCCCAACAGCAGGGUCCAUUUGCGACUCCUUUUGACGACCCCCACUCGCGCGGUGUUUCUCCCCAACGUCCGUCUUCUGGGUACAGCUUGACGGAGACCUAUGCAACGGACACCGCCCCUUCUUACCACGACCCAUACAGUACUGGAACCGUUUAUUCCGGCCAAGAGGAAAGUACUGCGGCGGCCUUUGGUGUCCCGGGCCGAGUUGCAUCGCCCUAUGCCCGCAGCGAGACCUCCUCUACGGAGGCUUGGCGCCAGCGACAGGCCCCCGGAGGCGCCUCUGGUGGUGGUGGCGGCGGCGGCUUGCGCAGAUAUGCUACUAGGAAGGUCAAGCUAGUGCAGGGUUCCGUCCUGAGCGUCGACUACCCAGUGCCGAGUGCCAUCCAGAAUGCCAUCCAAGCCAAAUAUCGCAACGACGUGGAAGGCGGAAGCGAGGAGUUUACCCACAUGCGAUACACCGCAGCCACUUGUGACCCCAACGAAUUUACCCUCCACAACGGUUACAACCUACGCCCCGCAAUGUACAACCGUCAUACGGAGCUGCUCAUCGCGAUUACCUAUUACAACGAGGAUAAGAAUCUCACGGCCCGUACCUUGCACGGUGUGAUGCAGAACAUUCGCGAUAUUGUCAACCUGAAGAAAUCCGAGUUCUGGAAUAAGGGUGGACCCGCGUGGCAGAAGAUUGUCGUGGCGCUCGUUUUUGACGGUAUUGACCCUUGCGACAAGGAUACUCUCGAUGUCCUUGCGACCAUCGGUAUCUACCAGGAUGGUGUCAUGAAGCGUGACGUUGACGGGAAGGAGACUUUGGCGCAUAUCUUCGAGUAUACGACCCAGCUUUCGGUCACACCAAGUCAGCAGCUCAUUCGGCCCACGGACGAUGGCCCGAGCACACUACCACCUGUGCAGAUGAUGUUCUGUCUGAAACAAAAGAACAGUAAGAAGAUCAAUUCGCAUCGUUGGCUCUUUAACGCUUUCGGCCGUAUUUUGAACCCCGAGGUCUGUAUCCUGCUGGAUGCCGGUACGAAACCUGGCCCUAAGUCCUUGUUAUACCUCUGGGAGGCAUUCUAUAACGAUAAGGAUCUCGGCGGUGCCUGUGGUGAAAUCCACGCCAUGUUGGGUAAGGGAUGGCGGAACUUGAUCAACCCUCUCGUGGCAGCCCAGAACUUUGAGUACAAGAUCAGUAAUAUCUUGGAUAAGCCCCUUGAGAGUUCGUUCGGCUACGUUAGUGUCUUGCCCGGUGCAUUCUCGGCGUAUCGAUUCCGUGCAAUCAUGGGUCGUCCCCUUGAGCAAUAUUUCCACGGUGAUCACACGCUGUCUAAGCAGCUUGGAAAGAAGGGUAUUGAGGGCUCGAAGUGGCACUUGUCUUACGUUAAAGCCUCCAAGGGUGAAACUGACGUGCCCGAAGGUGCCGCCGAGUUUAUCUCCCAGCGUCGCCGUUGGCUCAACGGUUCCUUUGCAGCAGGAAUCUACUCGCUGAUGCACUUUGGCCGUAUGUACAAGAGCGGUCACAACAUCAUUCGCAUGUUCUUCCUUCACAUCCAGAUGUUGUAUAACAUCUUCAACACUUUCCUCACCUGGUUCUCGUUGGCUUCAUACUGGCUGACCACCACUGUCAUCAUUGACCUUGUCGGUACUCCAAGCCCCAGCAACGGAGACACCGCUUUCCCCUUUGGCAGGACGGCCACGCCCAUUAUCAACACAAUCGUGAAGUACGGGUAUCUCGCUUUCCUAUUGUUGCAGUUCAUUCUCGCUCUUGGUAACAGACCCAAGGGUUCCAAGUUCUCAUACCUCGCCUCGUUUGUGGUCUUCGGUCUCAUUCAGGUUUAUAUUGUGGUCGAUUCGAUCUACUUGGUAGUUCGCGCGUUCAGCGGCGGCGCGCCCAUGGACUUUGUUACGGGCCAAGGCCUGAAAGCCUUCCUCGACUCUUUCUUUUCGUCGACGGGCGCUGGUAUCAUUAUCAUUGCCUUGGCUGCCACAUUCGGUCUUUACUUCGUUGCCUCAUUCAUGUACGCCGACCCAUGGCACAUGUUCACCUCCUUCCCUGCCUAUAUGGUUGUCCAGUCGUCCUAUAUCAACAUCCUGAACGUCUAUGCCUUCAGCAACUGGCACGAUGUCUCCUGGGGUACCAAGGGUUCUGACAAGGCCGAUGCAUUGCCGUCAGCCACGACUACAAAGGACGAGGGUAGCAAGGAAGCAGUAAUAGAAGAGAUCGACAAGCCCCAAGCGGAUAUCGACAGCCAGUUCGAGGCAACUGUGAAGCGUGCGCUCACUCCAUUCGUUGCCCCCGUGGAACACGACGAAAAGACCCUCGAGGACUCUUACAAGAGUUUCCGUACCCGGCUUGUCACCUUUUGGAUCUUCAGUAAUGCCGCCAUGGCAGUCUGCAUCACCAGCGAGUCCGUCGAUAAGUUCGGCUUCACAAAUACCGCCACCAGCCGUACAGCCCAUUUCUUCCAGGCGCUCUUGUGGUCCAAUGCCGCUGUGGCAUUGAUCCGUUUCAUUGGAUGCUGUUGGUUCCUUGGUCGUACUGGUAUCAAGUGCUGCUUUGCACGCCGGUAG